AUGUCUUGUUAUGGGUCAGUGUUUGUCAGGUUCAACUCAAGUCAUGGUUUCCCAGUGGAAAUUGACGCAGACGCCAGCAUCUUCCAACUCAAGGAGGUGGUUGCUAAGCGACAGGGAGUUCCAGCUGACCAGUUGCGUGUGAUUUUUGCAGGGAAAGAGCUUAGGAAUGACUUGACACUGCAGAACUAUGACAUGGUCCAGCAGAGCACAGUUUAUGUUGUUCAUCGUCUGCAGAGAUGUGACCCAAAACUGGCUACAGGAGAUGCUACAUUAAAUAACACAGAGCCAAAUAGGAUGGGAGAAGAAACCAUAAGCUUAACCAAGCUAAAUCUAAGUUCUACCCUUCUGCCAACUACUACAACAGGUCUAGCAGCUGUUUUAGAUCCAGAAGAAGAUCGCACCUUGACCUCAUCUGCCAAAUCAGAUUCUGGACACCAGAGUAGUUUUUAUGUUUUCUGUAAAAGCACCUGCAAAUCAAUUCAGCCUGGGAAGCUUAGGGUUCGGUGCAAGAAAUGUAGGCAGGGAGCACUGACACUAACAAGGGAUCCAGCUUGCUGGGAAGAUGUUCUUAUUCCAGAUAAGAUGAGUGGACUUUGUCAAACUCCAGAAUGCGAUGGAACUGUUGCCGAAUUUUUCUUCAAGUGUGCAUCCCACCCUACCACUAACAGUGAUACAUCAGUGGCUCUGAACCUCAUUACAAGCAACAGUCGCAAUAUAUUGUGUAUCACAUGUAUGUCAAUAAGUGCUGCUGUGCUGGUUUUCUUGUGUGCUGAUCGCCAUGUAAUCUGCCUGGAGUGCUUCCAUUCAUACUGUGCAAUGAGGCUAAAUGAGCGCCAGUUUGUCUAUGACCCUGAGAUUGGAUACUCACUCCCUUGUGUGGCUGGUUGUCCUGAUUCAUUGAUUAAAGAACUGCACCAUUUUCGGAUUCUGGGAGAACAGUACAACCGCUACCAGCACUAUGGAGCUGAGGAAUAUGUCCUUCAGAUGGGAGGAGUGCUGUGCCCUAAGCCAGGAUGUGGAGCAGGGCUGCUUUCUGAAUCCCAUUCCCGAAGGGUGGAGUGUGAGCGAAUCAAUGGACUAGGUUGUGGGUUUGUUUUUUGCCGUGAAUGCAAGGAAGAAUACCAUGAAGGACAGUGUAGCUCAAUCCAAGGGACUGAAGGAGCAAAAGCACUGCAGAGAUUUGUGAUAGAUGACCAUGCAGCCCAGCUGGCAAGAUGGGAAGAAGCUUCAAGAAAAACAAUUAAUGACACAACAAAGCCUUGUCCAAAGUGCAAUGUACCUGUAGAGAAAAACGGAGGGUGUAUGCAUAUGAAGUGUCCCCUUGUACAGUGCAGAUUUGAAUGGUGCUGGAUCUGUGGAACGGAGUGGAACCGGACAUGUAUGGCAGAUCACUGGUUUGACUGAAAUACAAUCAAGGCUCAAGUGUCAUAUAACUAAGAUCACAGAUUUAACACUGCUUUGGCCAUUAUUUUUGUUCAGGUGUAAAACCUUAAUAUUGCAAAUAACCAAAAUACCUCAAUGAUCAAUGCACUUCAGUGUAAAAUCAGACUUUGAUUGCUAAGAAAACUGAUAGUAUCAUAUCAGAGAAAAACAAUACAUCUUGUCUGGUGUGGGUGGAGUAUAAAUAUUUAUUGUAAACAGGGCAGGAAUGUAUAUUUUUUGAAGUACAGCAUUAUUUAGCCCUCCUGCAACAUACAUUUUUAUAUGAUAUGUGCUAAAAUAUAAUCUGCAAAGG